AUGCUUACCACAUUAUCGACUUUUACUAGAACACUUACAACCUCUAGUAUCCUAAAAAGUUCAAGUACGGCCAGUUCAAUAGGUGGUUCACAAACUUCAGCUAAGGGUUCAGCUUCAGAGACGGCUACUAAAGUGGGACUUACACUUUCUACAUAUGUCGCAACAGAAGCCAAAUCCAAUUCAUCUACUACAGUGGCUUUGUCGAUAGGUAUACCCGUUGGCGUCUUUUGUCUUGCAUUUGUUUUGUUUUUAGGCUAUUUUUACUACAAAAAGAAUGUCAUGAUCAAUACUGGCGGACCUCUGUCACCCACAUAUUCUAGAAAUAAUCAGCCGGGCAAUUGGCUCACUCAGUUAUUAUAUGGCAAAAGGCAAACUUAUGACGUUGCUUCACGUGGCUUAAAUGAAAAGGUUUGGCCUCUCAGUAAUACAAUGUCUUCUAAGAUACAAUAUAAAAUUUCAAAACCAAUGCCACAACAUAUCCAAACACCUCAGAAAUCUUUCAGUACCAAUCGAGUGAGCCAUGAUGAGACUAAUAUCAUAGACAAAUUGCUUUAUUCGAAACCUCCCAAUUUAUAUCAUAUCGACUCUAAAUUACCUUCUUCACUAAAUCUAGGAAGAGACGCAUCAAAAAUACAGCCACAAACAAUGGAAGUUGACCCAGAAAAGGGUUGGACUUAUGAUUCACCUUUAUCUAAGUGGUUUCUUAGAGGAAGUACGUAUUUUAAAGAUCAAACAACCAGCUUGUCUGUUGCUACGUCUAAAUUUACUCCAAUUUUCCCUCUGAAACGACUUAAAAUUAUUUCAAGGGUUAACAAAGAAGAUUCAAACUCAGAAAUCAAUGAAAAAUCACCAAUCCUCUCUAAUUCAGAUCAUUCUUUAAUUGUUACACCUCUCUCAUAUGAGGAAAAGGCUUCCGCGAACUUUGUGCAAAGCCCUAAUUCUGCUAUUUAUGGCACAAUUUGGAGCCAGACACUACAACAACAUGAUCCUCAUAUUGAAGCGGAGCAUGAAAAGAAUAAUAAGUCAACUUUAGAGUCUCAACCGAAAAAAAAGAGAAGGGCCAGAAGAAAUAAUAGAUUGGUGAAACAUUUGGAAGAUAUAUCUGGUAGCAAGCCUCUACCAUUGACUCCUGGCUCAAAACAACGCAACCUUUUAGACAAUUUAGUGGAGGGGACAGUGUACACUGUGAUAGAAGGUUAUAAGCCAAGGUUAACAGAUGAAAUAAGGAUAGAGAGGGGUGAGUUUGUCAAAAUUUUGGCGACGCAUACAGAUGGAUGGUGUUUAGUAGAGAAAUGCACUCAGGAUGGCUCUACAAGAUCAUUAAUUAGUACGCACAAUAAUGAAAUCAGAAAUAAAAACUAUAUAAAUGAUGACCGUGGGAUAGUUCCCGGAGAUUGCUUAGAGCAACUGGUCUAA